AUAGUCUAAUUCUUGAAUUGAUUUUCAAUGAAUAUCAUAAAAAUCAACUUAUUAACAAAGUUUACAAUCUGAAAUGGGUAAUUGUAAACAGCGUAGGUAUAUAAUCACUAUAGUAUACCGUAGGUGCUAGUCGGCCAUGUUGUCACUUCGAGAAAUUGAAAGUACAAUUACUGAAAGUAGAAUUGGUAAAAAAUCCUGCACUUGGAUCAAUUUCUUGUGUUUGUUCGGUGAUAUUAACCACAUAUUAGAGGUCCUUUAUGAUGGAGAAUGUCCUAUAUGUAUGAUAGAGAUAAAUUUUCUGAAAAAAUAUUUUAACAAGGAAGGAAAAGUGGAGUUUGUGGACAUCACAAAAGGCAGCUAUAAACCUGAGGACCACUCUGGAGUAACUUACCAAGAGGCCAUUGGCAACAUGCAUGUUAUUGGGGAAAACAAUCAGGUGUACAAGAAGAUGGAUGGAAUCAGGGAAAUGUACCGGGGUGUAGGAUUAAAGGGGUUUGCCAAGUUUACAGAAAUGCCCGUCAUCCGCCCUGUAAGUGACAGAAUGUAUGACAUUUUUGCUGCUAAUCGCUUUCGAUUGACUGGCAGACAAGACAAUUGUAACUGUCAAAAACAGUAGUGUUUUGGAGUGUGUUUGGAUUUUCUGUUGUACUUGAUAUGCAGAAUGUAAUAGUUUUAAUUGUGAGGAUGUGUAUAUCUUUUUGAAAAAAUAUUGUAUUCAAUUUUAUCAUUGUUCAAAUGUACUUUUCUGAUUUAAAUUUGUUUAUUUUCUAUAUUUGUGGAUAACGACUGCAAAACUUUCAUAGUAUUCAAGUGAAUUAUAAAAAGUGUAGAAAUAAUUUGAGAUGGUAGAUGGCACCACAAAGUUGUUUGUAAGAAAUAAUCGACUAAGUUGAAAAUGAUAUACCGGUACACAGCCAUAUUGCACAUCAAGUUAAAUAUGUAUUUAACAUUAAAUUGAUAUUGACACAUUUAAA